AUGUCCGUUUCACCAUUUUCAGUCCAACAUGAUUACGAGGUCCAAGCAUUCAACCAGCUCCGCGCCCGGUACCUCAUGGCCGAGAAAAGCCGGAAGGAAGAAGAGAAGGUUCUCAAGAAGGCAUUCAAGAAUGAUCGGCGGAUGAGUUUGCAGACCGAAGGGGAGGCGAAGGGAAAGAAGGCCGCCACUCUCAAGGUUCUGAUGAGAGUGUUUCGCACAGCUCCGAAGGAGAGGAAAAGAGAUUGUGGACUCGAUGAGGAUGAAAGGAGACAUCUGGUGGAUGAUAGUGAUUCGGACGAGAUUUCUUUGAAGCAGGCGUUGGAGUGA